AUGGUCGACAACAAGUAUACACAACCGGAAAUUCUAUUUUCUCCAUUUCCUGAUCGUUAUUCGACACCUUCAAAGACAAGUGAAGAGUCGAAUGAAGUUGAAAUUCUAAAAUCGAUCAUUUUAAACAUUUCUAUUAAUUAUGAUCGUGAAGGACGAGUUGAAGCUUUAAUUAAUGAAUUACGUCAAUCGAAUUCUCAUCUGGAAAAACUUCAUCAAUGUCAACAUCGUUCAAUUCUUCAUCAAUACAUCUUAGAAUCGACUCGAACACCUAUUGAUCUGAGUAAACAGGAAAAACGCACAUCAUAUCGACCAAAUUUAAUCAUUCGAACAAAUGAUGCUCAUGGAGUUUGGAUUCAUAACCAUUUGUUGACUCUUCUCUCAUUAGAAUAUUCCUGUGAUACAGAAUUUCCUCCUUUAUGGAAGACUGAUGAGGAAACAAAAGUACAAAUUAGAACGAUCAAAAAUUAUCAACAGGAAAAAAAUAAUCAAAGUUCAAUGUCUAAAAUCACAAACGAAGAAGAACAAAAGCUUCCUGGCUUUCUCAAAGCCAUUUGUCGUCAAUAUCAACGAAGUGAAGAUCUUGCCGAAGACUGGGAGAAAAAAUUAAACGGUGAGAACAUUGACACUGUGGAAAAUCUUCGUCAUGCUGUGGCGAAUGAGCGAAUUUGGAAUGAGAUUAAAUCUAUUACAUUAAUCGGCAAAGAAAUGAUCAAAAAUUAUGUUCAACUAAAUGAUCCGUCAUUAAAUCAAAAACAAUCAAAGAUCGAUUAUGAUACUUCAGAUGCGACACUUUAUGCUGAUAUUCAUCGAAUCCGACGUUAUUUUCAUCAUAUUACAAAUACAUUGCAAUUUACAAGUUAUCUAAAAAAAGAAGCUGUUGUCUCUGCCAUCAUUGAAACACGAAAAACAUAUGCUGAUGAUGGAAAUGUUCUCAAUACAAUUGAAUCGUAUCUUCAAACAUUUUGUUUGGAAAAUCGUCCAAUCGAUCGAGAAGGUCAUGAAAAAAAAUUAUUGGAAUGGAAGAAAGAAAAGAAAGAAUUAGAAGAGGAAAAUGAACGUUUACAAGAGGAACUAAAGAAAUAUGAAGCUGAUGUUCAACAAGCUGAAAGUAAAGUUCGUCUUGAAAGAAUUGCAAUGAAUAACAUUGAACGAGAUUGUCGACGUAUUAUCGACGAAGUAGAAAAGUCCAUCAAAGAAACAGCAACUCUUGAUCGAAGUAAAUCAUUGCGUGAUUGGACUGAUCAACGAGAAAGAGCAAAAAAGAAAAAAUUCAAAGCAGAAUCUGAUUUGAAAAAAGGUAAAGAUCGAUUAGAAGAGGUUGAAGCUCAAUUUGCAUUGAAAAUCGAACCAAUCCGCAAGAUUCAAUGUACUAUCAUUGAAAAUGAAGCAAAAAUCGAAGAUCUCAAUUCAUCAAUCAACAUUGAUGGUGAAGAUGUACAAAAAAAACUCACCGUCAAGUACGGACGAGGUUUACUUCUCUAUGGACCUCCAGGCACUGGUAAAUCAGAAUUAUUGAAACGAGUUGCACAAUAUGCGGGUAUCACCAUGAUCACAACACCAUUAUCAGCUGGUGAAUUAAAUCGACCAUAUGUUGGUGAAACUGAACGUUUAUUAGUCGAUAUAAUGAAUCGUUCGAAUACAAUUCCAUAUUUAAUUUGUGCAAUGACUAUUGAUGAAAUUGAUGGAUUAGUACCUAAACGAACAAACAAUGCUCAACAAUCUAAAGUUGAUGGAAUUAGUGUUUUACUUUCACAUAUUGAAGGUGUGAAAAAUAUACAAAAUCUCAUUGUUCUGGGUGCAACAAAUCGAAGAAAUAUGAUGGAUGAAGCAUUUCUUCGUCGAAUGCAAGCGAAAUGUUUUGUUGGUCGACCAUCUCCAACUAUUCGAAAGAAAUUACUCGAACCGUUACAUUAUCUCAAUGCCGACAUUUUCAAUAACAAAAUGUUGAAUUUUCUCAUGAAAAUUACCACAAAUUUUAGUGGUGCUGCGGUUGUUGCAUUGAAAUCAAGUAUUAUCGUUGCAAUGAGUUCACAUAAAACAGUGCCAAUUGAUGAACGAAUCUUUCUUGAAUUGGCCAAUAAUGCUGCUCGUGAAUUCAGUUGUUGGUUUGGUAUUGGAACUUUACCUGAAAUUUGUCGUCUUUAUCCAAAUAUAUUUUCAUUGGAAAAUAAUCAACAAGAAAAAUAUUCAUUAAAAAUACCAAAUGGUUCACCAACUGGUCGAAUUUCUGUUGAUUUAGAAACUCGAAAAUGUCUCAUUGAAUUAGAAAAUGAAGCAACUCUUGAAGAAGAUUUAUCUAAAGAAGAAAAUUCUACAAAUACUUUGCUUUCAAGAUUUCUCAAUGGUUGUGCCAGUAGAAAUAUUGACACAAUUCAAAUCAUUGAUUUGAAUUUUCUUGUAAAAAAUAAUGCAUUUGAAGAAAAUCAAAUCUUCGAAUUUUUAACAACAAUUUUUGAAGAAUGCGAUGAAUAUAAUCGUUCAAUGUUGAUAUUUGAUAUUGAUUCAUUGAUUAUGAUUGGUGUUUCCGAUUCAGCUAUGUCAAAAUCACAAUCGAUUUCAAAUAUUCGUCUUUAUCAAUUCAUUCGAGAGAAAUGCAAAAAAGCUGUCGUUGAACAACAGGGUGACGUGAAAUUUUUAAAAGAACGAUGGAUCGUUAUGAUUGUUAAAGAAAUCUUUCUACGUGAUUUAUUAUUUAAAGAUAUCAAUUUUAAAAAGACACUUCGACAAAAACAAGAAGAAUAUGAAGAAGAACAAAAACGUCUCGAUGAUGAAAUACCAAAGACUUGUCCAAAAUGUGAUCAAUCUUAUAUUCCUUCACAAGUUAAUCAUGGCAGUUGUAAAUACCACGAUGGUUACAUUGUUCAUAUUGAUCGCCCAAAAGAAACUGUCAAACAAGAUGAAGCUGAACGAAUUAUUAAACGUAUACGAUUAGCAAAUGCGGAUUGUAGUCAUGAUUCGAAUCAUUCGAAAGUACCCGUUCCAAAAUUAAUUUGGACUUGUUGUUUAACAUUUUUUGCUGAAAAUCAACCUUGUAAAACUGGUAUUUGUGGAUUACCUGAUCAAUUAAAAGAUAAAACUUUUGGCAAAGAUGAAGAUUUAACGAUGAAAGUUAAAGAGUUUUUUGAGAAUAAUCAAGUAGCGAAAAAGAAUAUCGAUGAUUUUAUCGCAUCUUUGAACAGUACUUCGGAAGUGAAACAAACAAGAAAAACUACUAUUACUCGUCCUAAAUAA